AUGGUAAAAGGUGGGAAGCGAUAUUUUUCAGUGAGCAAUGAUGGCAAAUGGUUUGCUCAUCCAGAUUUACCCAAAAAUGAGACGAGGAGUCGUGAGGCUUGUACAAGCACUGGGAUCAUGCUGACUCAAGUUAAAUCAUCAUCGCCUGAGGCUUUGAACUUACAGCGCUAUCCUAAAUGGAAAACUCAGCAGAAAUCCAGAGAGUAUCCAUUUUCCGAACAUGACAACAAGCUUGCCUUAAAAGACAACAUCUCUGUCUUUACUCAUGGUGUGGGACGCAGGAAGUGUCUUGAUCACAGACAGCAGAACAACUCCCACUUCUGCCUGUGCUACGAUGGUGCUUACAGCAGCCCUAAAGAGACCAUCACAGUCCAUCAGGCUGACUUUAAGGUGAAACAGGCUGUUAAUGUUCCAACCAGUACCAGGCGAUUCCCCCGCAACCACAAGCUGAAGUCCGCAGAGGCAGCUUUGGCACAGGCAGGGGAGCAGUUCAUGUGGUUUGGAAGACACAACUCUGACCUCUCAGAGACCCUGCAAGUGCUGGCAGCUACCAACCGCUCAGCCUUGGCCAAGCCCUGAGAUACUCCUACAUGUAAGGCACUGGGUGGCAUCACUGAGGGGGCAUAGCAUAGAGGGGGUCAGGUGAACUCU